AUGGCGGAAAAUACUCCGAAACCAUCAGAAAAUUAUAAUAAACACGGUGGAGACAAGACGUCAGAUAAGACCCACGAUAAGCGUGAAGAACAAAAAUUGGAAUCACUAUCGACAGAUAUGUCGACAUCACCUGGUAAACAUGAUGGAUCAAACUCCAAGAAACAUUUGCUUUCGACAUCGUCUCGCGAGGGAAUACAGGUAGCGUCAAAGAUUACUCCGACACGGUUGGCGAAUUUGUUAAUACGGAAGGGACCGCUUCCGAUUAGACACAUAACGAGUCAAUUGUCCGUAGAAGUGCAGGGAUUUGAGAUGCUUUCAUUAUCCAAACAGCGGCGGUUAAUUAUGGCUGCAAUGGAGCAGAUGGACCCUGAAAAUAAUGUUGUUUUUGAAAAAAUAGGGUGGGGUCAAUGGGCAGUACGGAAAGUGGAUAGUGAUUAUAUUGUGACAGAGGGAACGGAGAAGCUAGAGGAAGAGGGAGAGAAGAAACAGAUAAAUGUACACGAGUUGCGAAAUCAGGCUGGUUUGAAGCUAGGAUGGUCGAAGAAACAGCAAGAUAAGGCAAGAAGAGAGUCGAUAACGAAUCGACAGGCAAACUUGCAUAACUUGAAAUUACCCAAUGAGCCGAUGGGAGACAUGUCGGCUGCGAUUGAGCUGGACUCUGAAAGUGAUUAUGCGUUAUCUGACAUUGACGAUGGUGCGGAUAUAGACGUGGACGACGAUAGUGACGAAGAUGAUGAUGAUGACGAACUCUUCACGUUCGACCAAGACGACGACGGAAAAUUUAAGACGUUUAAGCAUACCAAAUCGCCCCCUAUCAAGUUUGCGAAUAGGGUGCCAUUGAAAUUCAGUCCACCCCCUGGUGGUGCGUCGCGUAGGAAAUCUUCAUCAUCCAACAAUGCCUCUAUUUCGAAACAUACACAAGCUUAUCCGCACGCUCAUAGAAAUAUAUUCAAUAGAUCAAGACUAAACUCGAUAGAAAAUUUUGAUAAUUACAUUCUUUCGUCGGCAAAAAAUUCGAAUGUUUCUAUCAACUCCCCUCCUCCUCCGGUUACAACUACGAUUUCGAGUCUGCCGCUCGCAUCCUGGAACUCGGGUUACACGCAAAAUAACAUCAAUGCUUCCCCCGAUGGUCUAGAUAGCAUUGCCACUGCGAUGUCAGGUGGUAGGAAGUCUUCGUUCAAUGAAUCUCAUCUCAGAUCUACUCUUUCAUCUUCACUCCCAAGAAACUCACCUCACACAAACUCACAUUUCCAUUCUCAAUCGAAUUUACACCCAAGCAGUGCAACACAGUCCCCACCUGCUAAUUCAGACUCCCGUAAACCCCAUCCUAACCAGCGUCAAAAGCAAAACGAAAAUAUAAGUGACACUGACGAGGAAGACUGGGCUACGAUUGGAGCAGAAUCCUUACGCAAAAGUCACCAAAACAAUAAAGAUGAUCCAGAUUCAAUCGAUAACGGUCACAAACCUACUGACAAUGAUCAAGCAGACGAAAGAGCUGCUGCUUUCGCCUUGGUUGAUUUAAUGUCUGUUUAA